AUGCCGCCGCGGCGGCCCAACACCGGCGGGGCCGGGGGCGGGGGCACCUCCUCGGCCGCGCCCCCACCCCCGCCGUCGCGCAAGGUCCCGCUCCGCUCGCUGCUCCGGGCGGCCUCGGUGGCCUGCGGGGUGCAGUUCGGGUGGGCGCUGCAGCUCUCGCUGCUGACCCCCUACGUGCAGGAGCUGGGCAUCCCGCACGCCUUCGCCAGCCUGGUCUGGCUCUGCGGCCCGCUGUCGGGGCUCCUGGUGCAGCCGCUGGUGGGCCACCUGUCGGACCGCAUCGCGCCGGCCAACUCGCCGCUCGGCCGGCGCCGGCCCUUCAUCGCCGCGGGCGCCGCCUCCAUCGCCUUCUCCGUGCUCACCGUCGGCUUCUCCGCCGACCUGGGCCGCCUCUUCGGGGACGACAUCGUGCCCGGGUCCACCCGGUUCGGGGCCAUCAUCGUCUACCUCAUCGGAUUCUGGCUGCUGGACGUCGGCAACAACGCCACGCAGGGGCCAUGCCGCGCCUUCCUCGCCGACCUCACAGAGAAUGACCCGAGGAGGACCCGGAUUGCCAACGCCUACUUCUCGCUCUUCAUGGCCCUGGGGAACAUACUCGGGUACGCCACCGGGGCAUACAACGGUUGGUACAAGAUAUUCCCGUUCACUAUCACCGAGUCCUGCACUGUCAGCUGCGCAAACCUCAAGUCCGCGUUCCUGCUCGACAUCAUCAUCCUAGCGAUUACGACGUACGUUAGCGUCGUGACGGUGCAGGACAAUCCUACUUUCGGAAGCGAUGAGGCGGCACCUCCAAGCAGCCACGAGGAGGAGGCUUUCCUCUUUGAGCUUUUCGGGUCAUUCAAGUACUUCACGAUGCCUGUUUGGAUGGUCUUGAUCGUCACUUCGCUUACUUGGAUCGGGUGGUUCCCUUUCAUCCUCUUUGACACCGACUGGAUGGGCCGAGAGAUCUAUCGGGGAAGCCCGGAAAUCGUCGCCGACACCCAAAAGUAUCAUGACGGUGUGAGAAUGGGCUCUUUUGGUCUCAUGCUCAACUCGGUCGUUCUUGGGAUCACGUCUAUUGGAAUGGAGAAGUUGUGUAGGAAGUGGGGAGCUGGACUUGUAUGGGGUGUCUCCAAUAUCAUCAUGGCUCUGUGCUUCGUGGCGAUGCUUAUUAUAACAUACGUUGCGCAAAACCUGGAUUAUGGACCUAGUGGAGCACCUCCAACCGGCAUUGUCGCCGCUUCCCUCAUUGUGUUCACAAUCCUAGGAGCACCUCUGUCGGUCACGUACAGUAUACCAUAUGCGAUGGCUGCAAGUCGUGUUGAAAAUCUUGGGCUAGGCCAAGGUUUAGCAAUGGGCAUUCUUAAUUUAUCUAUUGUCAUACCACAGAUCAUCGUGUCGCUGGGCGGCGGGCCAUGGGACCAGCUCUUCGGCGGAGGGAACGCGCCAUCCUUCUGGGUGGCUGCCGCGGCCUCCUUUGUGGGCGGGCUGGUAGCCAUCCUGGGGCUCCCGCGGGCCCGGCUCGGGCCGAAGAAGAAAACCACCCAACGAUGA